AUGACCGUGCCCAUUGCAGUUGAAAGGGCUAUCGGCGAUAUUGAAGAAAAAUACGACAUUACUUUGAAAUCCUACCAACGAUCAGCCAUUCAAUCUGUUCUGACCGGGAAGGACACAUUUGUGGUUCUACCCACAGGUUACGGGAAAUCCUAUGUCUACACAUUUCUGCCAGAACUUUUCGACUUGUUACUACUUGAACAUGAUAAGUGUUCCACUGUCUUGGUCAUCUCGCCAUUACAGGCACUUAUGAUAGACCAAGUAAAUGCACUAAAUGCGCUAGGGAUAUCUGCGACAUUUGUCGGGGAGCUGCAGGGCAGUAAGACUGUUGCCAAUGAUAUUCGGAAUGGGAUUGUGGUAUUUGCAACCAUUGCUUUUGGUAUGGGUGUGAACAUUCCUGAUGUUGAUAUCGUGGUUCACUGGGGUGCACCAAGAGGAAUUGAGCAGUUUACCCAGGAAUCGGGUAGGGCUGGACGAGAUGGUAGCCCAUAAUAUUCAGUUGUGUACUACAGUGGACAUGA